GGGGAUCCACUGAACAGUACAAUGCCUUCUGAAACAAGGGUGAAGAAAAGUGACUGCCUUUGUGCAAUAAAGAUGACCCACUGGGAAGGGUCUGGAGUCACACUCUCGAGUCCCAAGCAAAGCGGAGCAAACGGUUGAGGUUUAGAUUGAUAAGGCAUCAUCAAAUUGAAUGGCGACAUGGCCGGUGGGGCUCAGAUUCAAACCGACCAAGGAUGAACUCGUCGAUCAUCACCUUAGAGGGAAGCUCAAGGGAAAACUAGAAGCAUUUUGCCUAAUCCCAGAGCUAUAUAUCUCCAAGCGGGAGCCUUCCGAUUUGUUCAUUUUAUACAAUGAAUUAUCGGACGUACCAUCAGAUGGACGGGAGUGCUUCUUCUUCUGUCCCCAUGAGGACAAGAUACCGAACAGUCUUGGUUCUAAUAACAGGAUGACGGAGUUAGGAUAUUGGGAAGAUACCUAUAAGAAACGCAUCAUACGAUCACCGGACACCGGCAAGAAAAUAGGGAUUAGGAAGAUUUUGGUCUACUAUGAAGGUCGACAACCAAGAGGCCACAAGACCGACGUUUUCAUGCAUCAAUAUCACCUAAAUUCAAAAGUCUCUGACAGUCAAAUCUCCGGCCCGAUGGCCUUUGUUCUCUGUCACAUAAUCCACACGAAAGGUAAGAAAGCGAGGUCAGCAAAAGCGAGUACUUCAGCCAGUUUAAGCACCGUCAGUACUCCUCAUGACUCUGGAACUGGACAAGCUCACGAAAUUAGAGCACAGGCAUCUGAGGAUGUUAUGAUUGAAACUGAAUAUCAGAAUGAGAUGUUGGUUUCCAGUAUGCUGGACAGUAACUUGCCUAUUAUUCCUCAGCAGGCCCAGAUGCACGAAGAGCAAAGCUCGCUUUAUAAUGAUUAUCAGUUCAUAGAUGGGCGUAGUGACGAAUGUUAUGCUAUGCCAUUUUCUCCAAGCAACUGUAUUGAGAUCUCGGAUCUCUGGAAUGUCGUCUAGGGACGGAUUAGUACGCCAAACUGAAAGAUAGCUAUAUGAUGGCCUUACUUGUACCUAGUUACCAUGUUGUUGAGAUAGGAGGGAUGGGAUGUGGGUGUACUGUAAAAUCUGUAGUUGUGUGAGAAGAGAUUGUGUGUGUGUUUGGUACGAACUGUAUGGUGUUGCUUAUAAACACCAGGUUGUGAAAGUUUAGAUACUUCAGUAUUUGUUUUGUGUAGGUUUCAGUGUGAGUAAAGGUAAACCAUUGUGUAGCACAACUAUGCAUUCCAAGCGUCAGAAGUUAAUAUCUAUGAUAUGACUGGUUUUAUUA